AAGCCUCCCCAAAACCUCCUCCUAAUCUAAAACACUAACACUACCAUGAGUGUGAAUAACUUAUGACCACCGCCACCAUGACCUCCGCCUCAUCCUCCCAAAUCCUCGGCCACACUGCCACCUUCAUCUCCAAAACCUUAUCCCAACCCGAGCUCCGCCGCCACCUCUUCUCCACUCUCCGCCGUAAACUCUCUCCCUCCACCUCCCAAGCCGCCCUCAAACCCUUAAACCUGGCCGCGGAAACCCUGGAAAACGCAAUCUCCACCACCAGCCCCGCCAUUUGUGCCUCCUCCCUCACCCUUUCCGAAAAGCUCCUCCGGUCAACCCCCAAAAACCUCUUCUCUUCCCUCCUCCUCUCCCUCAUCUACGGUCUCUCCAGACGCCCCAUUGACGCUGCUCUCAGCCUCCUAGACAUCUUCCACACCGACCCUUCAUUCGCCCGAACGGAACUCGCCCCCAUACUCUUUGAAGAGCUCUUUCUAGUCCACCUCCUCCCUGUCGUCCAUUGGUACAACGAACAAAGAUCACAAAUAUUACCAACAUUGUCCCCGAACAUUAGCUAUGAAAAUGACGACUGUUCUAUAUCCGACAUGUCCGUCGUGUUUUCGUGCUCGAAAUCGUUGUCUAAGAUGAGUGGGGGGCAGACUUCGGAGCUAAAGGAGUUGGAAUCUAAUUACGAGAAAGUUCUUGAUGAAAAUUGCAGGGUUUUUAGUAAUUAUUUCAAACAAGUUAUUGAAAAUAAAGAUGCGAGUAGACGGAUUGAUCUGCCCGCAGUGAUUUUGAAGAGAGUUGUUGGACUUGACGAAGUCAAGAAUGGAGAUGAUGAUGACGAACGAGGGAUCAAAAUGGAGGAACCCAGAUUCGAAAACGGACGGUAUAAUCCAAUAUGGGCUGAAGCAGAAAGACCAGUUGAAGUACUCAGCAGCAGAAGAAAACCAAAGUCUCCACCUUUUUAUCCUCAAAGAGUUUCAAUCAGCAAUAUCCUCAAAACCCAGGAACAGGAACCUUCCUGGAACUUGAAAUCUUCGCCCAAUGUGAAUUCUUCAGAUUCUGAGUCAGAGUCUUUCCUGGAGGAUAUUUCGGUAAACUCUUCUUCUUCCUUGGAUUACGGAGCAGAAAUUGAGGAGGAAAACAACAGAGAAAUGGAAUUGUUUGAGGCUACACAGAGCCAAAUAAAGAAGCUAAAGCAACCCAUUUCUGCAGAAUCGAGCCGUUCUUCAGGCCAGCUGAUCAUGGCAGAUUGUGAUAACAAUUCUGUUGGGGGAAAAGUACAUACACCUCCCAAGGAUUUUGUGUGUCCCAUUACUAGCACUUUGUUUGAUGAUCCUGUGACACUUGAGACGGGACAGACAUAUGAGCGAAAAGCGAUCCAGGAGUGGAUCGAAAGAGGGAACUCUACGUGCCCAAUUACGCGCCAGAACUUGCAGAGCACUCAACUGCCUAAGACCAACUAUGUGCUCAAAAGGCUUAUUGCAAGCUGGCAAGAACAGAAUCCUAGUGCAGUGUUGAGCCAAUCGGAGAGUACAAGCCCAUUGAUUGAGCCUGUUGUGAAGGCCAUAAUGCCUUCAACUUCUCCUGACAGUGUUAUAACCCAAGGCGGGUUUGAUGGUGCAGUUGGCGAGUUAAGACUCGCAAUUACCAACCUUUGUAUGUCAGAAAUUCUCAAGGAGUCUGAAAUGGCUGUUCUUCAAAUUGAGCGGUUCUGGCAGGAGGCAAAUGUGGAAUGGGAUAUUCAGAAUUUGCUCACGAAACCUCCAGUGAUCAACGGUUUUGUGGAGGUUCUUUUCAAUUCUGUUGAUCUCAGGGUUCUGUUAGCUGCAGUUUUUCUCCUGUCUGAGCUGGGGUCAAGAGACAAUGCUGUGAUCCAGACGCUAACGCGCGUUGAUUCUGAUGUUGAAUGUAUUGUGGCGCUUUUUAAAAAGGGGUUGAUGGAGGCUGUGGUGUUGAUAUAUCUGUUGAGGCAUUCGAUCCUGAACCUAAUUGAGAUGGGCAUGGUGGAGUCUCUCUUACUGGUUAUCAAAAGGAAAGACGAUGAUUUGCUUAGCAUGUGUCUAAAGCCGAGAACAGCUGCAGUGGUUUUACUCGGGCUGAUUCUUGGUGGCAGUGAAGAGGGUAUUGCCUCUUCGAUUGUUAACACAGUGGUUUCUGAAAAAGUGCUUGAAACAAUUAUUAGAAGUUUGGAAUCUGAAUCGACCGAAGAGAGGAUUGCAGCAGUUAGGAUCUUGUUGAGAUGUAUGCAGCAGGAUGGAAAGUGCAGGAACACAAUAGCUGAUAAAGCUGAGCUGGCUCCUGUUUUGGAUAGCUUUGUUGGCGUAAGUGAUGGAGAAAAGUUUGAGAUAGUUCACUUUUUCUCCGAGUUAGUUAAAUUAAACAGAAGGACAUUUAAUGAACAAAUCCUGCAUAUCAUAAAGGAUGAAGGCUCUCUCAGCACAAUGCAAUUUCUUAUUUAUCUGCAGACUGCCCCUCAAGAUCAGUGUCCUAUUGUGGCCGGUCUACUACUUCAACUCGAUCUUCUGGCAGAGCCGAGAAAGAUGAGCAUAUACCGCGAAGAGGCAAUAGACAUGCUCAUCUCAUGUCUCAGAAAUGCGGACUUCCCUACUGCCCAAAUUGCUGCUGCUGAGACAAUUAUGUCGCUGCAAGGGAGGUUCACCACAUCCGGAAAGCCUCUCACCAGGGCUUUCCUUCUCAAGCGUGCUGGCCUUGACAAAAGUUACAAAAAUCAUGUGCGAAUGGAUCAACUUAGCAAUUUUUCUGGAGAUGACGAAACUCUUGAGGAAGAGAAGGCGGCUGAUAAUUGGGAAAGAAAAAUGGCAUUUGUUUUAGCAAGCCAUGAGUUUGGUCUACUUUUUGAGGCUUUAGCCGAAGGCUUGAAGAGCAGAUAUGCGGAAUUAUGUUCAGCGUGCUUUGUGAUAGCCACAUGGCUCGUACACAUGCUCAAUGUUCUUCCAGACACAGGAAUACGUGGAGCAGCCCGCGUCUGCUUGCUCAAACGUUACAUGUCGAUAUUCAAGUCUGCCAAGGACACCGAUGACAAAGCCCUCUCUAUGCUUGCGUUGACCAGCUUCAUCCAAGAUCCUGAGGGGAUGCAAGAGGUAACUUCUUCCAUAAAGGAUAUCGUAAAAGGCCUGAGAGAGCUUAAGAGAUCAACUCCCUUGGCAUUUCAAAUGCUAAAACUAUUUUCUGAGGGGCAAGACUCUAGCGCCGAACUGUGGGAUCAUAAAGAAUUAGUUCAAGUAGAUUGCAGCGAGAAUGGAGAGGUUCUUUCAGUCAUUUGCUUCAAGGACAAAAUAUUUUCGGGCCACUCGGAUGGAACUAUAAAGGUAUGGACGGGUAAAGGUAGCGUUCUUCAUCUAAUCCAAGAAACUCGAGAACACACAAAGGCAGUUACUAGCUUGGCAAUUUUGCAAUCGGGGGAAGUUUUAUACAGUGGCUCGCUCGAUAGAACUACAAGGGUAUGGUCUAUUAGCAAUGAAGCAAUGUACUGUGUACAAGUACACGACAUGAAGGAUCAAAUUCAUAGUUUAGCCGUCACGAAUAGCCUCGCUUGCUUCAUUCCACAAAGUACCGGUGUCAAGGUUCAUUCGUGGAAUGGAGGAACCAAAUUGUUAAAUUCAAGUAAAUAUGUGAGGUGCUUCGCUCUAGUACAUGGAAAAUUAUAUUGUGGAUGCAAUGACAAUGGUAUUCAGGAGAUUGAUUUGGCCACGGGAACACUCAGUACCAUUCAAAAUGGCACUCGGAAACUACUCACGAAAUCAAACCCUAUCCACGCUAUUCAAGUUCACAGUGGACUUAUCUAUACAGCCAGUUCUUCCGCGGAUGGGGCAGCUGUUAAGAUAUGGAAUGCUGCAAACUCCAACCUGGUUGGAUCACUUCCGACCACAUUGGAAGUGCGGGCGAUGGCCAUAAGCUCGGAACUGAUUUAUUUGGGAGGUAAAGGAGGAAGCGUGGAAAUAUGGGAUAGGAAUAAGCAGAACAGAAUAGACACCCUACAAACUGGUACCAAUUGCAAGGUCCUUUGCUUGGCUCUUGAUGCCAAUGAGGACGUUUUGGUCACUGGAACUUCUGAUGGCCGAAUUCGGGCAUGGGGACUCAGCUGAGAACAGAAGCGGGGUAAAAAUUUGGAUGGAAGCUGGACGAGCAGCUGAAGAUAUAUAAAUAUAUAUACAUAUAGAUUAUUAUUUUUUUAAAUUAAAUUCUUUGCAAUAUUUCAUGUUUGUUGGAGAGCAUUGUUGGAAAUAAAGACAUCAGAAGAUGUAUACCGCUGAAUUGUAAUGCGUUUUGUUCAUGUACAUAAAACUGACUUCACACGAGGGAAUAAAAAUAUUUCAGAAA